AGAAAACACCAAAUUAUCAUUUAAUCACGUGUCAUGGCAUCCAUCCGAAGCACCAUAUCUGCCAAACAAACCAGAAUGGUAAUCGCCAAGAAAAUAACCAUCAACAAACGGUUCGAUGGCAUGCCCAAACCAUCCGACUUCAAAACAAUCGAAGAAGAACUACCACCACUCAAAACCAACGAAUUCCUUGCAGAGGCGGUUUUUUUAAGCGUGGAUCCCUACAUGCGCGCUUACGCCCAUAACAUCCCAUUGGGGGCAACCAUGGUAGGGACCCAAGUGGCAAAGAUAAUUGAAAGCAGGAACGAGAAAUACCCAGUGGGCAAACACGUAGUCGGGAAAUUUGAUUGGCGCAGCCAUACGAUUUCCUCGGGACUUCCCAGUCACGUCCAAGGGGCGGGAAACGCACCAGCUCCUUAUCUAGUCCCAGAUUUAGGUGAUUUACCCAUGUCGUACCUUUUAGGGGUUUUGGGAAUGCCGGGAUCGACGGCUUAUUUCGGCCUUUUGGAUGUUUGCAUGCCGAAAUGUGGGGAAAUAGUUGCUGUUUCAGGAGCGGCGGGUGCUGUGGGCUCCAUCGUGGGCCAAAUUGCCAAAAUUGGGGGUUGUAAGGUUGUUGGUAUCACAGGGUCGGAGCGCAAAGGGCGAUUUUUGGUCGACCAAAUGGGUUUCGAUGGGUUUGUCAACUACAAAACGGACGAUAUUGCCCAAAAACUGGACCAGUUGGUACCAGAAGGCAUCGAUUGUUAUUUUGACAAUGUUGCAGGGGAGAUUAGUUCGGCGGUUAUACGACAUAUGAGGGAGUAUGGGAGGAUUUCAGUUUGUGGGUCCAUUUCGUCGUACAAUUAUGAUGUUAGUGACCCUCCCAGAGUUGUUCAACACCACAUGGUCAGAAAACAGUUGACAAUGAAGGGAUUUCAGAAUUAUUUGUACCAAGACCGGGCGAGUGAAGCUUUCCAGAAAACUCUCAAUUGGUUGCAAAAAGGGAAAAUGAAAUAUUGCGAAACCAUCACUGAAGGUUUCGAUAAUAUGGUCCAGGCGUUUAUCGAAAUGUUGCAAGGGAAAAAUUUGGGCAAAGCUAUAGUUAAAGUUUAAAUGAUAAUUUUGACACCACUUAUCUUGUUUUCUAUAAAUAAAAACAUUCAGUUUUUAACGCA